AUGAAGACUCAAAACUCAGCUUUGUUGGCCCCUCUUGUCGCACUCUUCCUGGAGUCAGCCUCUGCUUUACCUGCUGCCGCAAAAGCCAAGAGUACUUACACUACCAUCCCAGUCACAACGACAUAUGUCAACCAAGUCACAACCACUGUUCCGGUGACUAUUAGCACUUCGAUCAAAUCAAAGGGAACAUACACAUUCACUCCUAACGUUGUCCUUACUGUUAAGACUGUGCCUACCAAAAUAAAAACGACUACAUAUGGCACAACGGUCAGCGCUGUGACAGUUGCCUCAGUGUAUUACACAAGGGUACCAGUUACUGCAGCUACUGCCACAGCCAAAAAGACCACCUCCGCCGCCGCUCCGGCGUGUACGGGUGUUUAG